GGCCGAGCUGUUUACUUUGCACAACGGAAAGCCCGCGCCAACGUCGCUUCCUCUUCCUGCUUUGCAGGCGCUGCAAGGGAAGCUCGGGAGGGGAGGGCGAGACGCGAAGGGGCCGCCCGUGCCUGCCCCUCCCGUCCUCCGGCCAGCCCACGUAGCUCGGGUCGCGUUGGGAAGUCGCUGGGAGGAGGAGUCCACCUGGCGGAGCGGGAAUGAGGCCUUGCUCCUAUCCAGAGAAAGGGGCAGGUCGCUUUGACACGGGUCUUCGGCAGCUGCCCCUAUGAAUCGGGAGCGGAGGUCUCUGCGGGACUCAAAGCCCACGGGUUUAGACAAUGAAGAUAGCCAGACAAACAGGCCCUGCUACUUGGAACCUUGGAUUGUGAAUCUUCUGCUGGAGUACAAGGAUUCUGAAACCAGAGAAGAGGGUCAACUUGGACAUGUCCUGAGGGUUCUAAAUGAAACAAAGGCUCUAGAUCAUGAUGAGCAGCUUCCAGCAGCUAUUCUGUGUGUUGCAGAUGGGCAUCAUUAUAUCCAAGUGGAUGUUACAGCCAAAGCUGUUCAGAUGACAAAAUGUGCUCUACCCCAGUCUGGAUUUUCCAGUAUUGUUGGCCAGUUCAUCGUCCUGCAGAAUUUUAGGGUUUGUUUUAAAGAAGAAGCUAAAGUGGAGGAUUGCCGAUUUUACCUGGUACUUGAUUGUUUCCGAGUGAUGCCCAUGAAGCGGAGGGAACGGAGGCAGCAAGACUGCAACCGGGAGCCCUCAGUACUGGAGAAGAUAAAGGAACUGUGGCAGAAAAGCCUUGCUCUCCAGCCCUGGUCCAGCUCAGAGCCAUCAUCUGUUUCUGAAGUACUGCAGGAGAUAAAGCAGGAUCGACUCAGUACUUUAAAAGAAAAUGCCAAGGAUUGUCUCAGUUUAUUGAACCCCAGCAAGCUGUUGGAUUCUGAGCAGUUGGCUGUAUAUCCUGACACCAAAUGGCAGGUGGAACGCAAGGAAGAUAAGGUCUGUUCUCUGUUCUGCCUGUGACAUCUCAACUGAAAAUCACAGGGAUGGGGUGUGUGGGUGUGAUGGUUGAAUGGGUAGAUAGAUGAUGGAAGAAUAAGGAAUAAAAAAUACAGAUCAAGA